UUGUGCUUGUAGUGGGCUUCAGCGCGCGUGUGGAAGAAGCUGAAGCAGGUUUGCGCGAAUCAAAUGGAGGAUGUGAUUAUAAUUCUGGGGAGAAGAUGAAGGUAAAAAUUAAGCAGUGGAAUGGUGUGGCAUCCUGGUUGUGGGUGGCCAAUGAUGAAAACUGUGGCAUUUGCCGAGCACCAUUCAACGGCUGCUGCCCAGACUGUAAGGUCCCAGGAGACGACUGUCCGCUAGUCUGGGGUCAGUGCUCUCAUUGUUUCCACAUGCACUGUAUCCUGAAGUGGCUGAACUCCCAGCAGGUGCAGCAGCAGUGCCCCAUGUGCCGUCAGGAGUGGAAGUUUAAAGAGGGAGACACUUCUUGAAGAGGUUAAAUAAGUACACAAUCAGCUUUUAUUUGUCUUGUUUUUACACAAUAAAAUGUGACAUCCUAAUAAAAGUA